AUGUUCUCUUGGAUUAUUACCGGCUUCAUUGUUCUCGUGGCCAAAAGUAUUCGGGUAAGAGAGUGGCCCUGGCGGGACUUUCUUCUUGGUAGGGUUACAUGUCGAAGUGCCCGCGAAAUUGCGAACGUUACGGGCCUAGAUGCUCAAGAGGUACUUGUAUACCUCCUAUCAUCGGAAGCAAGGAUCCCGUUGAGAAGUCGCGGCCCUUACAAUAGCAUUUUCACGUUCGUUGGCGACGGCGAAGGAUUCUCGAUCGAUGUACAGCCGACUGUGGCCACAAUGGUGUCUAGCGGAAUACUGAUUGUCAAGGUCAUGUCUGAUAACGACCCUGUUCUGAUUUGUCUGGACUUGCGCCCCGAAGCAGGUCAUCGGACUAUCGACUCGCAACGACACAACCUACAGAAACAAGUGCCACACCAACAAAAUCAAGAAAUCUGGUGUCUUGCUUGCGCAAGUCCACCGAGAGAUGACCGAGAGGCCGAACUUUCAUUCCGAAUGAGAAGGCUUCGGUGGAAGAAGGUUUUGGGGGUCUACGAUGAAGACUGUCGUUUGGUUAGAUAG